AAAAACAUCGCUUCUCUCUUUCUCUCUCACAGUUCCGAAAUGCAGCGCCAGAGAUCGAUUCUGUCUUUCUUCCAGAAACCCUCGCCGGCGACACAGGGUUUGGUUUCCGGCGAUGCUACCAACGGCGGAGGAGGAUCACGAUUUACUGUAAAGGAAGGGGAUGCUAACGGCGACGCUUCGGUACGCUCUGCUGUAUCUAAAUCUAUGGAUGAGGUUAGAGGAACGGAUACACCGCCGGAGAAAGUUCCGCGUCGUGUCUUGCCGUCCGGAUUGCCGGAGGUGGUGCUUCGUCUCUGCUCUCCAAUACUUAUGCAUAAGUUUGUAAAGGUCGAUGAUCGAGAAUGUUCUGGAGAGAGGAGCCGAGAAGAUGUUGUUCCGCUUAAUGAUUCCUCCGUUUGUAUGAAAGCUGAUGAUGUUAUUCCUGAAUUUCGUCCCAAUAAUGGUCAGUCACAAGAAAGAGACCAUGGUUUUAGCUUCAGUGGGAGAGCUGAUGUAAGAUCAGUAGAAGAUGACGAUGUUCUUGGCCCAGAAACACCAGGGAUGCGUCCAAGUGUUUCUCGUUUGAAGCGAGUUUUGGAGGAUGGAAUGAAAUUUAAGGAGAAUAAGGUCCCUGUAUUGGAUUCUAACAAAAGGCUUAAAAUGCUCCAGGAUCCGGUUUGUGUAGAGAAGAAAGAAGUAAACGAAGGAACCAAAUUUGAAUGGCUUGAGCCUUCUAGAAUCAGGGACGCCAAUAGAAGACGUCCUGAUGAUCCUCUUUACGACAGAAAGACCCUAUACCUACCAGCUGAUGUUUUCAAGAAAAUGUCUGCGUCGCAAAAGCAAUAUUGGAGUGUCAAGAAUGCGGAGUUAGGUCACAAGGAGCUUGACUGGAAGAUGACCAUGAGCGGUGUGGGAAAUGCAGACAGAUUUAAAGUUGGACGGAUCGAGCAGCUAGAAACACCUGAUCAAGCAAAAGCCAGAGGUGCUAAUACUGUAAGUUGUCUUGGGACAGAUAAUUCCAAGGAAGCUAGUUCAGGUAUUAACUCCAUGGCAUCAACAGCAAGCGAGGGUAACAUUGGGCCUGAUGCCGUCCAUCUCCUUGCUAUAAAAGAGAUAAAAAUGGAGCUAGAAAAGUGUUCAACUGUGUAUGGAUUUGCUUUUGUUGACUGUGCUGCCUUGAGGUUUUGGGUCGGGUCCAUCAGCGACGAUGCAUCAUGUGCUGCUCUUGGAGCUUUAUUGAUGCAGGUUUCUCCAAAGGAAGUGGUAUAUGACACAGUAAAGUUGGGUCCAGUACCACAAGCAAUGGGGGAUACGGAUGCUGCUGGAGUUAGAAAUAUGAUAGAAUCUAACAGAUACUUUAGAGGUUCUUCUGAAUCAUGGAACUGUGCUGUUGAUGGUCUAAGUGAAUCUGAUGUUGCCCUUAGUGCUCUUGGAGAGCUAAUUAAUCAUCUGUCUAGGCUGAAGCUAGAAGAUGUACUUAGGCAUUUCCAUACCAAGUUUACAGAGGUUGUCUCAGAAUUGAUGGCCAGACGAUGUCCAACUGGUAAGCGGCUCUUAAGGAAUUGGAUCUGCCAUCCACUCAAAGAUGUAGCAAGCGUCAAUAAAAGGCUUGAUAUAGUUGAAGAAUUCACGGCAAACUCAGAAAUCGUGCAAAUCACUGGCCAGUAUCUCCAUAAACUUCCAGACUUAGAACGACUGCUCGGACGCAUUAAGUCCAGCGUUCAAUCAUCAGCCUCUGUCUUGCCUGCUCUUCUGGGGAAAAAAGUGCUGAAACAACGAGUUUGCAUUUUUAUAGAUCUACUCCAGUUUCUCUCUCAGAAACUCGCGCCGUUCCUGUUAACCAUGGUGGCUUCGAAACCCUCAUUGGAAAACAUCGACAACGCCAAGGCUCCGGCAUCAUCGCUAGCCGCCGCUGAGAAGACGAUUGAGCAAAGGAACCAGCAGCUGGAUGAUAUCCUGCUUUCUUACAUAGGAUCGGUUGAGAAACAUACCCAAACGCUUUGGGUUUAUGAGAAGGAAGAGAUGGUUUGUCGUUCUGUUACUUACGUUCCUGGAUUGUAUAAUAUCUUUGAUGAGAUCCUUUUGAAUGCUGCUGAUAAUCCGUCUAUGGAUUCGAUCAAAGUUGUGAUCGAUGCUGACAAGAAUCAGAUUAGUGUCUGUGGAUAUGGAGUUCCUGUUGAGUUUCAUCAGGAAGAAUGUGUUUAUAUGCCUGAGAUGAUUAAGAAGACUACUGGUGGAAGAAACGGAUUUGGUGCUACGCUUACAAACAUCUCUACUGAAUUCAUUAUAGAGAUUGCAGAUGGGAAGAGAUCACUCAAGAAGUAUAAGCAGGUCUUUGAAAACAAUAUGGGGAAGAAGUAUGACCCAGUUAUAACCAUGUGCAAUAAGAGUGAGAAUUGGACGAAGGUUACAUUCACGCCUGAUUUGAAGAAGUUUAACAUGACUGAAUUGGACAACGAUGUGGUUGCUCUAAUGAGUAAGCGAGUGCUUGAAAUUGCUGGCUGUUUGGGAAAGACAGUUGACCUGAAUGGAAAACAAGUACCAAUUAAGUCAUUCAGUGAUUAUGUUGAUCUCUACUUAAGCCGCCAGAUGACUGAGAAAGUUAAUGAUAGAUGGGAGGUUUGUGUGAGCUUAAGUGAUGGACGGUUUCAACAGGUUAGCUUUGUCAACUCCAUUGCCACAAUUAAGGGUGGUACGCAUGUUGAUUAUGUGACCAACCAGGUCACAAAGUACAUUGUGCGUAUUGUGAACAAAAAGAAGAAAUACUCUAAUGUCAAGACUCAUGAUGUGAAGAACCAUCUGUGGGUCUUUGUCAAUGCUCUGAUUGACAAUCCUGCGUUUGAUUCUCAAACAAAAGAAAGACUGACUCUUCCAGAGAGCAGUUUCGGGUCGAAAUGUCAACUUUCAAAAGAUAUCCUUCAGAAAGGUUUAUUGGAGCAUUUCUUGUUUUCAUGGAAAACAUGGGAGCAGAACGAAGCACUGAAGAUAAGCGAUGGAGCCAAAACAGAGACGGUUAAAGUUGAGGGGUUAAUGGAUGCAGAGAAAGCCGGAGGAGAGGAAUCUGAAGCGUGUACCUUGAUUUUAGUUGAAGGGCGCUCAGCUCAAAGUCUAGCUAAGCUGGGACGGAAUGUGCUGGGUCGUGCUUUUUACGGUGCAUUUCCGAUUCAAGGAAAGUUUCUUAACGUAAGUAAAGCUAAAACGAGUAAGAUUGCAAACAAUGAGUUAGUUGUGAACAUCAAGAAGAUCCUUGGACUAAAGCAAGGUAGGAAAUACUACGAUGCAAAAUCCUUGCGUUAUGGACGUGUGAUGCUCUUGAGUGACCAGGAUCCUGAUGGUUCUCACAUAAAGGGGCUCUUAAUCAAUUAUUUCCAUCAUUUUUGGCCUUUGUUGCUGAAGAUUAAGCCAUCAUUUAUAGUUCAGUUUAUAACACCCAUUAUGAAGGUUACGCACCCUACUAAAGAAGCUCAGUUAUUUUACUCAAUGCUUCGGUAUGAAGACUGGGAAAGCGAAAUAAGACAAAGUGGUAAUACAACUGAAUGGACCAGGAAAUACUGCAAGGGAUUGGCUUCCAUUGAUUCUGCGGACGCUAAAGGGUACUUUACAAAUCUUAAAUUUCACCAAAAGGAUUUUGUUUGGGAGGGUGUACAAGAUGGAGAAGCUAUUAAGCUUGCUUUCAGUAAAAACAAGACCGGAGCCCAAAGAAAAUUGCUUUCAGACUAUAAGCCUGGCACUCAUGAUCUGCAGAAACCAACAAUUUCCUUCAAAGAUUUCGUGUACAAUGACCUGGGCGAGUUCUCCAGGGCGAAUCUUGAAAGGUCAAUUCCAUCAUUGGUUGAUGGGCUCAAACCGAGCCAGAGGAAGAUAUUGUUCUGUGCAUUCGAGAAAAACUUAGUUGAGGACGUCUUGGUUAGCAAAUUCUUGGGUUAUGUAUUAGAUCUCUCAGUUUAUCGUCACGGAGAGCAGAAUCUUGACAAUACCAUCAUCGGCAUGGCACUGGACUACGUUGGCAGAAACAAUGUCAACUUACUUCACCCAAGUAGUCAAUUUGGUACACGAGCUUCGGGUGAAAAAGAUGCAGCUAAUCCAAGAUACAUUUUCACUAAACUCUCUCCAGCAACAAUGGUCUUGUUUCCUAAGGAUGAUGAUGUCCUCCUUGAACGCUUGUUUGGAGACGGGAAGAAGAUAGAGCCAACUUGGUACAUCCCCAUCAUUCCAACUGUCCUUGUCAAUGGCGCUGAAGGAAUUGCAAGAGCCACUGAGCUUUCCUCAGAUUCUUCAGCUCCAUCAGUUGCUCCAGCAACUGCUGCUUCGACAGGCUUGGCCAUUUUCGGGAAUGUCCUUCAAGAGUUUUUCGACCUCAGGUUGGAAUUCUAUAAGAAGAGAAAGGACACUAUGCUGAAGAAUCUGGAACUUGAGCUGGUGAAACUAGACAACAAAGUGAACAUAAUGCGUACAGUUCUCAGUGGAGAAAGUGUAGUGAGCAAAAUGAAGAAAGCUGAUUUUGUUCAGGAGUUGAGACAGGAAGAGGUCAGACCAUUCCCGAAAAUGGCCAAGCCUGUCGAAGCAGCAGUUGCUGGAGCAACUGAUGGAGCUGAAGAAUCUGAGGAAAGCUCAGUGGCUCCUGCACCAAGCUCUCCGUUUAUACCCGACUCAGACUAUGAGAAACUUGAUCCUCAACCCGAAGAAGAGAGACAGGCGCCAAAGAAACCGGCACCAAAGAAAGCCAGUGAGACACGCUAUGAUACAGUACAAGAGGUAAGGGCACAGAGAGAUCAAAUGAUGGAUGCAGUUGAAGACUUGAAAAACGCCACACCGGAAUCCCUCUGGCUCAAAGAACUAGAGGAACUUGAUAAGCAAGAUGCUCAACCCGAUGAAGAGAGACAGGCGCCAAAGAAACCGGCACCAAAGAAAGCCAGUGAAUCUGUAACAAAAGAGGCUUCAAAUUCAGCAAUGGACACAGAAACAACUGAAACAGCGAAAGAAAUUUCUCUGGAUGACGAUGAUGACGACGUGGUAGUGUCCCCGGAGAAGAAAGUGAGGAAGCUGAGAUCGUCUCCGUUUAACAAGAAGAGUAGUUCAGUGAUGAGCAGGUUGGCUAAUAAGGAAGAGGAGAGCAGCGAGAAUGCAGCUGGAAACUCAUCGUCAGAGAAAUCUGGAGAUGUUUUUGCGAAUAGGGGGUAUGUGUGGUGGAGUGAUUCGGAGAGUGAAUCUGGGAAUGAGUCUGAGUUUGACAUUGAAGACGAUGAAGAUGAUGAGUAGAGUUAGAGAGAACUAACUCGGUUGUUGAUAAUGAUUCAACUUAAUUUCAAACUUUAGUUUCUCCCUCUCGUCUUCUUUAGAGUUUGGUGUUAUUAUUCUGAUGAAAGACUUAUUUUCUCUAAGGAUUGGCACAAAACUCUGUUUUCUCUAUUGAUUAUGCAUUUAGUUUCCUUAAUCAUUUUCUUCUCUUUGGUUGGUCACAGUUGGUCUCAUUAAUCAUAUGGAUCUUCUGGUUUUAGCAUAAAUAAGCGAGAUUGUGUAUG